UCCACAUCCGGCGCGGGUAGGCUGUUCGGAGCCCGGCACCAUGGCGCUGUGCGAGCGGGUUGCUGGCGGGAGCUCUCUGCUCUGGCCUCGCGUGUUGCUUUUCGGGGACUCCAUCACCCAGUUUUCUUUCCAGCCGGGUGGAUGGGGCGCAUUGCUGGCUGACCGACUUGUCAGAAAAUGUGACGUUCUGAAUCGUGGAUUUUCAGGUUACAAUACCAGAUGGGCCAAGAUUAUCCUCCCAAGAUUAAUUAGGAAAGAGAGCAGUAUGGAAAACCCAGUGGCAGUUACCAUCUUCUUUGGUGCCAACGACUCUUCUCUCAAAGGUGAGAACCCCAAGCAGCAUGUCCCACUGGAAGAGUACGGCGCGAACUUGCGGGACAUGGUGCAGUACCUCACGUCUGUGGGCAUCCCGCGGGAGCGAGUCGUCCUCAUCACCCCGCCCCCGCUGCACGAAGCAGCCUGGGAGAAGGAAUGCAUCCUGAAAGGGUGGAAACUAAAUCGCCUGAACUCAGUUGUGGGUGAAUAUGCUAAUGCGUGUCUACAAGCAGCCAGAGACUGUGGGGCAGAUGUCCUCGACCUGUGGACCCUGAUGCAGAAGGACAACCAGGACUUCUCAUCCUAUCUAUCAGAUGGCCUGCAUUUAUCACCUAUGGGAAACGAGUUUCUGUUCUUAAACCUCUGGCCGCUGCUGGACAAGAAACUCUCCUCUCUGCCAUGGCUGCUUCCCUACUGGAAGGACGUGGAGGAAGCAAAGCCCGAGCUGAGUCUGCUGGGGGACGGAGACCAUUAGUCGGCCUGGGAAACCUUCCCAGUUGGUAAUUCACACAAGUUCCAAGAAUCCCUGUUCAUGUACAUAAUCUCAAGUUGGUAAUUCACAAACACCUAGAAGCUAAUUAAACAUUUUUUCAAGAUUAA